AUGGUUGAGGUAAAAGCAAGGGAGUUAAUAGGUCAGCUGGAAGUCACAAGGCGUGGGCCAUACAGUGGUGGAUUUGGAGGCAUUUCAUUUUCUGGUGAUGUGGACAUUGCCCUUGCUCUGAGAACCUGUGUUGGGGCUGGCAUUGUGGCUGACAGUGAUCUUGCUGAUGAGCAAAAAGAGUGUGAGAAUAAAGCUGCUGCUCUUGUCCGUGCCAUUGAUCUUGUAGAGUCUUCAUUUGUUGAGAAAUGA